UUAUAUUUAAACGCUAAUGAGGCAUACAUAUCAGUGCAGUGUAUUACAAGGAAGAUGUUAGUUCUUAUUUCUUUACUCCUGUGUUCCGCGGUGAACUCCGCGAGAAUACUAGGAGUGUAUCCAAUGCCUUCAAUAAGUCAUCAAGUGGUGUUCCAAGCUCUGACCCGGGAACUGGCGAAGCGAGGACACGAGCUGGUGGUUAUAACACCAAACCCGGCUUUACUGAAAGACAGACCGAAGGAUAAUGUAACAGAAAUAGACACAGGCAAUACCUAUCAAAUUGUAAUGAAUUUUGCAAAAAAAAGUCCAAACACUGUUAAGAAAAGAGGUGCAAUUUCUGAUUUAGAAGCGAUGACGUCGAAACAGAUGACCCAAAGUAUGAUACUGUUGUCAGAUGAGUUAUUUAACAAUGAAGAAGUGAUAGCGCUAUUAAGGGACAAAUCGCAGAAGUUUGACCUCGUGAUAGCCGAGGGAUUUAUAAAUGCUCAUCACAUUUUCGCAAAUAUCUUUAAUGCACCAUUAAUAGUGUUUUCAUCUGCGUACGGGCUUCCUGAAACAUUUGAAAUGACAGGCGCAGUGGCGAGACAUCCCAUACUAUAUCCACAUGUUAUGAGGAAUAAAUAUAAAAAUCUCUCGUUUCUCGAGAAAAUUAAAGAAAUCUAUAAUGAAUACAUCUUUACGAAUUGGCUUGCUAAACUUGAGAAACUCGAAUCAGAUUUUUUGAAGAGUAAAUUUGGAGCAGAGGCCCCGACAGUUGAUGAACUAAAAGGUCUUGUGUCCUUGGUGCUUUUGAAUUGUUUCCCUAUAUUUGACAAUAAUCGUCCUGUGCCUCCUAACGUUGUAUAUUUAGGAGGCUUGCAUCUGCAACCCGUGAAGGAAUUACCAAAGGAUCUAAAACAUUACCUGGAUAGCUCAAAACGCGGCGUGGUGUACGUCAGUUUGGGAACCAAUGUUCAACCUUCUAUGAUGGACAAGGAUUUAUUGAACGCGUUCCUGGACGCCUUCAGAGAGAUACCUUACGAUAUUUUGUGGAAAUUUGACGGAGACAAUCUUGAAAACGUUCCAAAAAAUGUGAGGAUACAGAAGUGGUUCCCGCAGAGGGAUUUAUUGGUACAUUCAAAAAUAAAAGUAUUCGUCACACAAGGCGGUCUCCAGUCCACGGAUGAGGCUAUAGACGCCGGAGUGCCUCUGGUCGGUAUACCGUUCAUAGCAGACCAGUGGUAUAACGUGAACAAAUACGUGGAGCUUGGCAUUGGGGUCCAGCUGGAUGCCUUUACUUUGAGUGCUGAUGAUAUUGUGAAGGGAGUGAACACUGUUGCUGGUGAUGACAGAUUUAGACAAAACUUAAAGAAGUUGAAGUCUAUUAUGUACGACACGCCGCAGACGCCGCUCGAUCGCGCCGUGUGGUGGACGGAGUACGUGUUGCGACACAAAGGCGCGCAACACCUCAAGUCACCCGCCGCUAACAUGACCUACGCUGAAUACUUCAUGCUCGACUUCGUAUUAACCCUUAUUGGAGUACAAUCAGUAGCAUUAGUUAUUUUAGUGUAUAUUAUAUAUUAUGUUAUUAGAUUAUUUAAAUAUGGUUCUGUUAAAAUAAAACGAAGUUAACUUAAACUGUUAAAU